AUGAUGUUAUUAAGAGUAAGAAAUAGAUUAAUACUGAAUAGUUUAGGAAAUCAACCUAAAAGAAUUUUAAUCAAUAUGUAUCAAUUUAACAGAUUAUCUACUAAAAAUAGAAAUAAUGGGCAUGAUGACACUAAUAAGACAUUAAGUCCAGAGUAUGAUGAAAUUACACAUUCAAAACUUAUUGAAAGAAUCAAAAUACCACCAAUUAAAAGAACAGAUGAAUCAAUCGAUAAGAUGAGGUCACGGUUGAUUUAUCAAUCCAGGAAAAGAGGUAUACUGGAGACCGACUUACUUCUAUCAAGCUUUGCAUCUAAAUAUUUAAAAGCGAUGAAUUUAGAUGAAUUGAAAGAAUAUGAUGAAUUGUUAAAUGAAUUGGAUUGGGAUAUUUAUUAUUGGGCCACUAAAAAUUAUAAAACUAGUAAAAUACCUGACAGAUGGGUAAAUUCAAAGAUUUUACAAAAAUUACAAGAUUUUGCAGAGAACAGAAAUAAGGAAAUUUUAAAGAUGCCAGAUUUAGAUACAUAUUGA